UAGGUUCGGUGGGCUGCGUCGUGCGUCUUGGUGCGGUGGAGAGCGGAGAGCGCGCAGCCACGGUGCGUAAAGGAGCUCCACCGGGAGGAAAAUGUGGAAAUAUCGCCUUUUAUAUCUCCCCGCCCGCUGCUCCGUCUCCCCUUAGAAGUUCCAGUAACAGGACACUCGUCUAUUUUUAAACAUCCGACCUCAGAUGCGCAGAAGAUGGAGCCGCUGUGCAACGCCACCGAUUAUUCUGACGGGACGAACGCGUCCGUGAACUGCAGCGACGGCUUCAACCAGUUCGUCCAGCCGGGCUGGCAGAUCGCUCUCUGGGCUGUGGCGUACUGCAGCAUCGUCGUGGUGUCUGUGCUCGGGAACACGGUGGUGAUCUGGAUUAUUCUGGCGCACAAACGCAUGAGGACCGUCACCAAUUACUUCCUGGUGAACUUGGCCUUUGCAGAAGCCGGCAUGUCGGCAUUCAACACGGUGAUCAACUUUGCCUACGCGGUUCACAACGAGUGGUACUUCGGUUUGGUUUACUGCCGCUUCCACAACUUCUUCCCCAUCGCAGCCAUAUUCGCCAGCAUCUACUCCAUGACGGCCAUCGCUCUGGACAGAUACAUGGCGAUCAUCCAUCCCCUGCAGCAGAGGCUGACUUCCACAGAGACCCGUGUGGUGAUCAGCGUGACGUGGAUGCUGGCUCUGCUUCUGGCCUUCCCUCAGUACUACUACUCGUCCACCGCGCUGCUGCCGGGACGCACGGUCUGCUACAUCGACUGGCCCGAAUACACCGGCGUGGACUUCAAGAAGAUAUACUAUGUGUGUGUGACACUGCUGAUCUACUUCCUGCCCUUGUGCAUUAUGGGAUGUGCGUACACGACGGUGGGAGUCACCCUCUGGGCGAGUGCGAUUCCCGGGGACUCCUCUGAACACUACAAAGAACAGCUCAUCGCUAAGCGCAAGGUGGUGAAGAUGAUGAUCGUGGUCGUGUGCACUUUCGCUGUCUGCUGGCUGCCCUACCACAUCUACUUCCUGCUGCACCAGUUCUUCCCCGACUUGUUCGAGCAGCGCUACAUCCAGCAGGUCUACCUGGCCGUCAUGUGGCUCGCCAUGAGCUCCACCAUGUACAACCCCAUCAUCUACUACUGCCUCAACAGCAGGUUCAGAGCAGGUUUCCAGCAGGUGUUCUGCUGCUGCGCUCCUGCUGUCGCCAAGGAGGAGCUCGAGCUCAAAUCACCUCGCUACCUGCAGACACAGGUGAGCAUCUACCGAGCCAGUCGGAUGGAGACCGUCGUGUCCACGGCCGUCGAUCCUGCAGCAGAGGAGCAGAAGAGUGCCGAGCUGCAGGCCUACAGCCCUCACAGCCGGCCUCACGUGGAGCUCACGUCCAACGGCGCCGGCUCAGAGGCGUUUAACAAGAACCCGACCAGCCCGUCACAGUAGAGCAGACACCAUCAGGUGGUGCUGUAAACAAAGUGUCGAGGUGUGACGGGACUCGAACGUGCCGUCGGCUCGCUGCGUUUAAACGGGCCGUCGUGUUCAGAUGCUCACCUGCUGUGGUUCUGGUCAAGUGCUUUAUAUUCUGAGGAGGCCCGGUUUGAUCUAACAUCACAUGGAUGAUCGUCAGCGGUGGAGAGGAACAGCUAGUACAUUUAUACUCAAGUGCUGCACUUAUACGAGUAUAUCCAUUUUAUAUUACUUUAUACUUCUGCUCCAUAUUUUCAGAAGGUAACAGAGAGCCGGAGUCGCGACCACAGGGUUCUUUAUAUCAGAAAAACAAAAGACAAAUAAUUGUUUUGAACCCGUUUGAGUUGUGUCAUGACUCAAGCACACAAUGUUUGUCAAUUCAAAAGAUAAUAAAAGUCACAGUUUGUUGUAAUUAAAGUGAAAUACCAUUUAGCUUUGUGUCAAAUUGACAACAUGUCUUUGAUUCAUGGUCCCAUGAGGUGAACCAGACGGGCCGCGGCUUCAGCUCUCUAUAUUAUAGUUUGUACUCCACUACAUUUAUCUGACAGCUAUAGUCGCAGGUUAUUUGAUAGAUUAAGACUUUAUAUUCAGUCAUUAUUAUUUAUUACUUUAACAGAGCAAAACUUGGUACAAUAAAAGCAGCGUCAACUUAGGGCAACUUGUCGUUUACAUCAGUGGCUCCUGAUCUGAAUAAAUUAGGCCACAGACCCGUAUGUAAAAAGAAUUUAACUUAUAAAUUGUCAUACAUUGUGUCAUUGUGCAGUGACGUACAAGAAAGUAUAGUUGAAAUAAAUUAUUCAGUUUUUGUUGGGGACGUCCUGGAACCUCGUCAAACCCCACAAUAAGAAACACUGAUGAAAAAAAUCAUCAUUUUUUGGCUAAAGAGGUCAAAUUAUAUAUUAUAUAUGUUUUCAAAAAAGCGCAGAUUUGAUUAUCAGAACCUUUUGAGGGCCCGACCCUGAAGACUAAACUAACUGUAUAUGAAGUAGUUCAGACCGUCUCCACCUGGAGCAGCUCCACAAGUAAAAUGUACGCUAACAUGCUCACGUUGACGUUGUUGAUGCUUUUGUUUACCAUGUUCACCAUCUUAGCUUAGCGUGUUAGCUAACAUUUGCUAAUUAGCGCUAAACACAAAUCACAUUAAAGUGUUUUUUUUAAAGAUCUUGGAGAGUUCUUGAAAAAGUAAUAUAAAGUCUUUCAUGGCUCAGAUGAACAGUGAUGUCACUCAGUGGCCGAGUUGCAUUGUGGGUAAUGUAGGCUCCAUGUUUUGAACAGUAAGAUGAAUGUGUGGGAUAUAAAGCAGAUAUCUCUGGUUCUGCUGUAUCCAUUUUGAUCUUUUUUUUUUUAAUUGUCAGUGUUGUAGGAGUGUAAUACAUUACCCACAAUGCAACUCAUCCACUGACUACUUUUUUCAUAUAUGCGGGAAAACUCCCCGAUACCUGUAAACACACUUUAAAGUGGGAAAUUGGUGGAGUUACACUUUAAAUACAGGUGUUGAGUAAUUCUUCCACAACUGGUGAAAACACACAGUUGUGUCUGAACCGUUUGGACGCCACAGAGACACUGAAGUCGACCUCACAGUGGUUCCUUCCAUCAUUCAGCAAGUGUGUGUGUGUGUGUGUGUGUGUGUGUGUGUGCGUGUGUGUGUGCGUGUGUGUGUGUGUGUUUUUCAGGCUGGUUUUGGAAAGCAUGACCAUCGGCCUCCCCCGGCAACAGAGUCACGUCAAGUUGAGUUUGUGACUCGGUGUUUGUGUGGAGUGGAAAUAGGAAGACGUGUGUGUGUGUGUGUGUGUGUGUGUGUGUGUGUGUGUGUGUGUGUUUGAGAGAGAGAGUGUGUGUUUGUGUGUGUCCUAGCACCUGUUGGACGAGAUUAGUCCCUUGUUUUGACAAUGUGUAGUGCAGAGUUCAUUCUGCAGCAGCCGGGUCACAGGCCAGCUAAAUAUAGAGGAGUGGACAGGGGGGACAUGGAGACACAUAUAUGAGGGAUUGAUAAAUCGCAGGAGGAAAGAAGAGGACGGGAAAACACGAGGAGCUUUACCCCCCGUGCAUCUCUUUGACUGGCUGAGGACGGCGGGGGGGGGAAGUGGAACAUCAGCGGUCGGGAAUGAUGUCUAUUUGAGGCCCGCAGACGACAGCUGCACACAUUCAGUCAAACAACCGUCUGUUUACUGGACUGCUUUACCUGUUUAACUGCUCUAUUUAUUGUCAUGUGAGCGCAGACAGGAUGUGUGAGGACCAAAUGUUAUCAUGUCGGGUGCUACGAGGGCAUUUACUGGUCCAAGAAACGAUCCAUCCGUCCCGCGGCAGCGACGAGGAAGUGCUCUGUUCUUUUUCUCUUUUCACUUCCUGUCCACAAACAGGAGGUGGGGAAUGUGUCAUGUUGUGUCGGUUGGCAUCUUCUGCUUGUGAUCAACAUGUAACUGUGUUUUUUAAAUCAAAUAUCUGAUCAGUUUUAUAAUCUAACGUACGUGAGAGAGUCAGCUGCUCAUCUCACAGUUCUGAUAUUUACACAGUGACGAGUCAGAACGUGUUUGUGUUUGAUUACGUGUUCAUAACAACAUGACAUGACGCGUGAUUAUUGUUGUGCAACAA